AUGGCCGCCCCCGUGACUGCCGCUGCAGGAGCCGCGGCGGCGGCGGGUCCUCCGAACGCGGCAGCCCAAGAGGAGAAGAAGCGGUCUGCCGCCAAGGUGGUGACCACGCUGUUCCCCCGCGUGCCCAAGGUCACCACGGUGCUCCUGGAGUUCUUCAUCCGGCGCGAAAGCAAGGUGGAGCUAUCGCGGGAGCCCCUGUCCCACUUCUGCCAGGAGCAGGUGGUGCUGGCCGCCCAGGAUAUCCUGGAGAAGUUGAACAAGCAGGUCAUCACGUACCAGGACGUGCGCGACUCUGCCGAGAAUCUGAUCGGUCUGCACAACCUGAGCUUCAAAAAGGCGCCCGACAUCGCCAAGGAGCUGGGCGACAGCGUCCGAAAACUGACCAUCAUCGUGGGCGAGCUGGCCACCUCCCUAGAGAAGAUGUCCGACGUUCCGAUUACCGACUGGAUGGCCAUCGGCGACACCAUCGUCGCCAAGACCGAGAAGCUCAACUUGGCCGAGAUUCCGCCCUUCCAUUCGUUCAUUCCCAAGAUGAAAGAUUUCCUCUCCGUGAAGCUCCUCGGCGCCGGUGGUUUCGGAGCCGUGUACAAGGCCGUGUACAAACCAACGAACUUCGUUUGCACGGUAAAGCUGGUUGCCACAGACAGAUUCCAAAGGCACAAACAGGCCGUGAUUGACAAAGUGGUUGCCUCUGUCAUCAGGAGUCCCUUCCUCGUCAAGUAUUAUUCCUGCUACGUUUCGAAGGAUGCCUACAUCACCAUCAUGGAAUACAUCCAAGGUGUAGACCUUAUGCGAGUAGUGGACAAGGCAGUCUAUUUACCCACGGAAGAGUGCCGCAUUGUGAUGGCUCAACUAAUUCUAGCUAUCGAACACAUGCAUCUCAGAGGAUUUCUACACAGGGAUAUCAAAGUCUCCAACAUGCUCAUCCUGCCUGGAGGCAGGUGCAAGGUCAUUGACUUCGACACCAACAAAGUCUGCAUCGGCCACUUCUCCAAGCGCGUCUGCAAGGGAUACUUCAAUAAGACGGCCUUCGAGUUCCAUGACGGCGAGUCCGCCGGCACCAUCCCGUACAUGGCCCCCGAGAUCCUGAAGCGACGCCCGUAUGGCCGCUCCUGUGACUGGUGGUCUGCCGGAGUGACCUUCUACAAGCUGAUGACCGGACGUGUGCCGUUUCGUGGCGAGACCAAGGAGCUACUCCGAGACAAGAUAAUAAACUCCCCGUUGAAAUGGCCCAAGGUGGAGGAGCACCCUCAUUCCGCCACCCCGGAAGCCAAGGACAUGGUCUUCAAGAUGCUCAAGAAGAAUCCUGUCGAACGGCUCGGGUCGGUCCACUAUUCCGAAAUCAGGGGACACCCAUUCUUCGACAACUUCAACUGGAAGAGACUGGCCACGACCAAGGAACUGUGUAACAUCCCGGCUAUCGCAGAGUGCAUGGGAGGUGUCACCCAGAAGGAGGGACAGCCACCUCCUAAGCCGGCAUCUAAGCUGACUGUCGGAGCCACAAGCAAUACGCUGAAGCGGAAGUUGCAAAAGGUGGAAGACAUGAUUGACGUCGAACCUUCAACGCAAAGGCCGCUGUACACCUACUCGGCACCGAGUUUCAAGAAAAUGAUCAAUACGGCCAGGACUUCCAAGGGUCCGGUGAACCUCAAGGAAUCUUUCUUCAACACAAGUGGCAUGGAAUCUGAAGAACUCGAUUACAAGAAAGCGUCCGACAUGGACGUCAACGUCGGAAUAAGCGGCUUCACUGCUGCAUCGGCAGACAAAUCCAUAACGGCCAAAGAAAAAAUGGACUUGAUUAUGUUCAGAACGAAGAGCUUCGGAAAGUACUGGAACUUCGGUGUCCAGAUUAUUGAUGUCAUAGGGGAGCAAAACAAGCCGUUCAUAAUGGUUGAGAAAGUGACCAAGGGCAGUCCUGCGGAAGCCUCGCAUGUCCUGGAAGGAGACGUCAUCAUUGCCGUCAACGGCCAAGAGGUCUCGACGUUGCCUCUGGCAGAGGUCAAGAAGCGGAUGAACGACAGCGGCGACCAGCUGGUCCUCACCGUCCUGUCCUCGAGCGCCUUCAGGUUGCUCGAGUCUCGCCGGGACAUGGACCAGAUCCUCAAGGCCGCGGGCAAGGACACACUGCAGUUGGGCGUCAUCAAGACCACUUGCGGAGGCAGCGGCAACUUUGGCUUCAAGGCGUUUGAAGCCAAGGCCUGGAACGAGCAGCAGAAGGCCCUCGUUCACUGCCACGUUAUUCAGAAGGUCACGAACGCCAAGAUCCUGACGCCCAACAAGAGCCUCUACCCCGGCGACAUCCUAGUCAUGAUAGAAGGCGCGCCCGUGGAAAACAUGGACGGCGCAGGCGUCAAAGCCGCGCUCGCCAAGGGUGCCAACGAAAUCAACAUCACCAUCGCCCCCAUCUCGCCGCUGAGGCUCAAGCGCCCUUCGUUCACCAGGCUGCACGAAACCGUGAUGACGGACGCCAAUGUCAAGGAGCCGUCCUCGAUCGCCAACAUCAACUAAGAGGGGCUGGGGUCGGCUGCGGAGCCAAGAGUGCGCAGAUGCUGCCAAAAUCCGGGAGCCACGGGCACUGUGGAAUGACUCCACGACUUAAAUUCAAAUCAUAAAUAAUAGGUAACCCGGGAAUUUCGACCUCUUCAUUUACAUGACACACAACUUUUUUAGAUUCGUAGAGGCGGACGGUGUGACAAUAAAUUGGCAACGUUCAACAUUCGACAAUCCUGGGAUUCAGGGUUUGCGUUUAAGUCACAAAAUAUCUGCA